UGAAACGAGUGGUCAGGAGACAACAUCAAGCAGCAUUGAAGAACAUUCAUCUCGCCUACGUAGUUCUUCAUCAUCUGCUGAUUCUGGAGCUGUCCCACGCCUGUCUGCCUCAGUCCCCUCAGAUGAGCCUGACUACCGAAACCACACCUUUACCUACAUCGAUUUGGAGUGGCUCAUUCUCAGUCUGUUCAUCUACGCACCGCUGGCGAUGAUCAUACCCGGCCUCUCAAUGCCUUUUGGCAUGUUCAUACCGAAUCUCUUUAUGGGAGCAACCAUUGGAAGAAUAGGAGGAGAAAUCGUGCAUCUACUGCCACUGCCUUUCAGGGCAGCGCAUCCAGGUACAACUUACCUCAUCUACUAUCAUCUACUAACGAGGAUGUUGACAAUCUCACCUCAAGCUCAAACUAUGCUCUUCUGCGUAAGAGGGCUGUUGUUCUUUAUGAUUAUACCCCGUGAAUCAUGGGUACACUAGCUACUACUACUACUACUACUACUAUCAGUCAAAAACAAAAAAACUGCAAUGGUUUCAGGUUUCUACGCCGUCUGUGGUGCUGGUGCGAUGUUAUCUGGUUUCACG